AUGACCCAGGGUAGUAUACAACCAGAGCAGAACACGUGUCCGCAGGGAGUGCGUACGGGGUUGUCGAGCACCCCUAAACAAAGCUUGCAUUUUUUUUCUUCCUCGACGUUACAAACAAAUUUCUCCACGUCAAAUCCCAUUCUUGUUUGUUUUUAUUCAUUUCCUUCUUUCAUAUUUUUCUUUCUUUUCUUUUUAGUUUGUUUUUAUUCAUUUCCUUCUUUCAUAUUUUUCUUUCUUUUUCGUUUGUUUUUAUUCAUUUCCUUCUUUCAUAUUUUUCUUUCUUUUCUUUUUAGUUUGUUUUUAUUCAUUUCCUUCUUUCAUAUUUUUCUUUCUUUUUCGUUUGUUUUUAUUCAUUUCCUUCUUUCAUAUUUGUUUUUCUUUUUCGUUUGUUUUUAUUCAUUUCCUUCUUUCAUAUUUUUCUUUCUUUUCUUUUUAGUUUGUUUUUAUUCAUUUCCUAUCUUUCAUAUUUUUCUUUCUUUUUCGUUUGUUUUUAUUCAUUUCCUUCUUUCAUAUUUGUUUUUCUUUUUCGUUUGUUUUUAUUCAUUUCCUUCUUUCAUAUUUUUUCUUUUCUUUUUAGUUUGUUUUUAUUCAUUUCCUUCUUUCAUAUUUUUCUUUCUUUUCUUUUCUCUAUGUUUUUAUUUCCGUCAUUCAUAUUUUUAUUUUCUCAUACAUUUCUUUCCUUCUUUAUUUUCGUUCAUCUUCUUUUCUUUUACAUGUCUUUCAUUAAAUCCUUCUUUUUCUUUCUUUUAUCUUAAAAUUGUUCUCCUUCCUCCAAUAUUUCUCCCUUUUUCUUUCUUCUUUCUGUUCUACUUCUCCUGCUUCUCGUUCUUCUUCCUCUCCUUCUCCUUCUCCUCUUAUUCAUACCUUUCAUUUUUUCGUCCUCCUUUUUCCCCACCCAUGCUUUCCUUCCUCUUAGUUCCUAUUUUCUUCUUUUAUUCCUUCAUUCAUUUCCAUUCACUUAUUCCUUCUUUCCAUCUUUUGUUUCUUCCCAGUCUCAUAAACCGAUCCAUAACCAGAGAUUUAGUCAAAGCUCGAAACGAACUCGCCUACCGCACAUCUUUUUUUCCCUCUGCUGCUGCUGCUGCAACCACGCGCUUCAAUCGCUUGAGCUUUGCCGUAAUGUCACGAAGUGCAUUCUGUAUCUGUCUGUGUGUUCGCCAUCUCUGA